GCCCUCCCAUCGCCCCCUUAAACGCGUCUUUACGUCCAACUUGCUCCCGUCGAGUUGUCUUUUAGUGCAGCUUCCCUCCCCAGCGGAGCCCAGCUGAGACUGGAGGGUGUCUUUUUGCCUUGUUUAGGAUGUGAAGAAGUGUGUGUGUGUGUGUGUGUGUGUGUGUUUGUGUUUAGUAAACAGCUUCAACCGGCCCUUGGAACAUCAGUCGGCUUUUCCGUCUGUGCAGCGCCGCAGUUUGCCCUAAGAGAAGCUGACUGCCCUCAAUGUAGCGCUGACCACAGAUUGACACCAGCAGCUGAAUCCACAAUGCCAUCACUAACAAAGGUUGGAUUUGAGGUUUUCUGCUUUGUUUUCCUCUUUGAAAGACUGAGAGGUGCAGAGGGGCGGUGUUCUCCGGCUGAUCCAGCCGGAGCGCAGCAUCCUGUUCGGGCUCUGCUGGAGAGGGUUCAGGGGGGCCGGGGCUGCGCCGCCAGGGAGCAGGGCAACAAGGAAACUCAUGUCAUCGCUUUGCAAAGAGCAACCAACAGCCCUGAGAACAUGGUGACGGUGUUCCUGAAGCCUCUGAAUCCACCCAGCGGCCCUCUAAGGGCCCUCCACCUGGUGCUCAGCUCCAUACUUCCAAUCAGCUGGUGGCUGGAGGCUGAACUGCUGCCCCCUGACCUCCCAGUGCUGGUGCAGGUGUCUCCAAACUCCAGCGUCCAGUCACAGACUCUACGCUUGAGCGUUCAAACAGUUGGUUCGCUACCUUUUCGCCUCCACACGCUGCACCGCUGGGCGAUGAAGCACCAUGGCAACCUGUCCUCUCUGGUCCACACGAAGCAGGGCAAUCGAGUUUACAUCCACCUGGGAGAAGAUCCGACCCUUCCUGCUGUGUGCCAGCUUCAGUCCUCCUUCCUGUUUCCUAACUACAUGACCUCUGACCUGCAGCCGCAAACAGUGAAGGGCCGCAGUUGUCCCAGAGAGAGCGAGGCCAGUCCUGAGGUCCAUGUGAUCAGGCUGCGUUCAGCAGGACCCAGGAUCAGAGGUUCUCUGCAGGCCGACGUCACGGUCUCUCUGCUGCCCCCGGUGGCCACUUCAGAACCCCACAAGGUUGUUCUGAUUCUGAGCUGCUCAGUCCCAGUCAACUGGGUGAUUACAGCCCCAGGGGUCAGGGGCCACGUCUCUGUUCACUCCUCCAACAGCGUCUCGUUGCCGUUUCCACCAGAGCCCAACGUAACCAUGUCCAGCAGGCUCUUAUCUGAACCGCCUGCUGGUUCUGAUCCUCUGGUUUGGGCCACUGAGAGCGGCUACACCGACUUUAGGUCGUACACCGAGGCUGAGCUGGCCAAUCGCUUUGUGAUCCAGCUGGCAGAAGGCAGGACAAACCAGGAGAGAUUACCAGUAGUGAACUGCGAUGGCGGUCUCCUCAGUGUGACGGUGGACCAACAAAAACUCAAGAGCUUGUCUUUGCCAGCUGUUGCCAUGACGCUGCGGGACCAGAGAUGCCAGGCCGUGUCGAAUGGGAGCCACUUCCUGUUAGCGCUACCAAUCAUUUUCUGCGGAACUGAGGGGAUUCUGCAGGAACAGCCCAGAGGGGUGCUGUACAAAAACAUGUUGUUGCUAUGGAGUGUCCAGCCGCAGAGCGUCGCUGCACACGGAGAGAACAGGAAGUCCGGACUGUCCUUCAGCGUACAUAUAAGCUGCUUUGCCACCAGCCCCUCAAGAUCUGCUGCUAAUGACGACAACGUGACCCUUCCUCUGAUUGGACGGUUUGCACGGGGGGCACGGCGGGGUCCAGAGUCGGCCCCAGCUCCCCACCAUCUGCCGGUGCCCAUACUCACAUCGGGGCCCGCUCUGCAACUGAGACUCUUCGUCACCGACGGUUACGAGCAGACGUGGACCGGACCGCGUGUCAUCGCCGCCGACCACCGCAUCUUUGUCGAGAUCUCUGCCAAAGCCUCCUUCGCAGAUGUCGUGCAAGUGGAGUCGUGUUUUGUGUCUCCCCAGUCCGACCCUAAGAAAUCUCCCUUCUGGACUGUGGUAAGCGACGGCUGCUCCUCGGAUCCCUCCGUCAGGCUCGGCGCGAAGGCGGGCGGUGACGAGAACGAAGACGCUUACGGCGAAGAGGAGGAAGACGUCGGACGUGACGGGGACGGAAACGGCCACAGUGGGAGAAGAUUCUCGGCGAUAGACAACGGCUCGCCAAACGUGGGCGAUUCAGAAAAAACGCAUCUGUUGAGAUUUAGCUUCAUCCUGCGGCCCGUUUACAACGAGUCCAUGCAGUUCGUCCACUGCAGCCUCCUCCUUUGUCUCUCCGACUCAGCUAGAGUAGAGACCACACAGGAAGCGAAUAGCUGCCAGAGUGGGGUACCGAUCCCCCCACUUGUUCCGGGAUCAUCCAGACAUCAGUGUGAGAUCAGAAACCUCUCCAGGCCCAUGGUGGUCACCCGGCCCAUUAGCUCACUGGUAACCAAACUGGAACCAUCUGCUGGUCAAAGAACAAAGAGUCUGAGUCCAGAGAGCUGCAGGUUUGUGUUGCACGAAGGGCUGCUGAUGGGAAUCGUCUUUGCAGCUUUUCUGGUUGGAGUCAGUUUAAUGGGGGGACUGUGGUGCAUCCACACAUACACAGGGGGAUACCCAGAGUCUUCUAGAAAUGCUCACUUACCAAAUCAGACUCAAGCGGGUUGCAACAACAGGACUCCACCUCUCCUGUCUGAUCAGUCCUCCAGCUCAGUUUAGAGGAUUUCCUCCUGCAAAUCUGAGAGUGGAGAACUGGGACAGGGGUUGCAACAGCUUCUGUGCGUUUUUGUGUGUGAGAACACAGCUGCUUUCUUUCUUGCGUGUGCAGAGCCGUUUUCAUGUGCGCCGAAGUGACAAGAGGCCUCGAAACAUGCAAAUACAGUAGGUCUCAGUCAUGCGCGGCGUUCUGUAAAGUGCUACGGGUUUGAUUCCAAGUGAAAAGUCACCAGUUUGAUGUUGUGGAGCACUUGGCACCAAGUCAUCUUGGAAGAGGAACCCGGUCGGCACAUGAUGAGACCCGCAUCUGGAUUCGACAAAGGAAUAAAAAUGUUGCUAGUGACUCAAACAGAGAGCACACCAUCAACACCUUUGGGUUUGUGUGGUAAAAAAAAAAAGGUGCACUAAAUGAGCUGAGAUGUGUUGGCCCGUUGUUUCAACUCCAAGACCCCAACUUCUGUGUAAUUGUUUUGCUAAAAAGCUAAUUAUGUUCUUUGUUGAAGUCAAAUGCUGUAACGUAAUGCUGGAUGUUACAUUGUUGUAUUUUCUUAAACCAUAAAUAAAUCACGUUUUGGCCUCUCAGGGGCAGCAGAGCAAA